UCGAAAUGAUGGAGACGUCAAAAUUUUUGAUAGAAGAUUUUUGUUGUAUAUCAAAAUUAUCGGCAUGUUACCGGUAACGGCCAAUGUCCCGUUAGCUUUAGGCUCAGUAAUAGUUAGAAGAUUGAUCGAUUCCUACACAGGACGUCUGCCUUUGGCCAUAGCAGCGGCCCAAACUGUGCCCUCGACAUCAACAAUUGCCCUGUUCUCCGGAGCUUUGUUUUGCCUAUACCACCAGCUUCGUAAAGGUACUUUGGUGAAAAUUGGUGUGGGAAAAACAAUUUCAUCAUUAAUAAAGAACUCAAGACACACCAUUCAACGUAGAAUAAAAAAUAAAUCAUGGUUUUUACGAAACGUAGAUGCGUGUCGUAGAAAAUGCACGGAAGCUAUGCACAAGAUUGCAUGCCAUUCGAAAGAUUCCAUAGAAGAAAUGCCUGAUGAAACAGGAGUAUUAACAGAUACAAGUAGUUUACCUACUUUAAAACAUAACAUUAUAAAUCAAUCCCGUCCUUAUCAUGGUUCUUCUAAACAUCAGCAUCCAGAUAAUCCAAUUGAAAAUUUGUACAGAAACCAGUCAUUUAAUAAUAGAAAAAUUUGUCCACGCAAUAAUGAAUAUGUGCAAUCAAAAAAGCAACAACCAGCAGCGAAAGCGCUUAACAGACCGAUCACUAGAAAUUUUGUGAAAAGUAAUAUCGCUGACAACAGUGGAGACUGCACAACAAGGCUGUCUCCAAAAAUACGUAAAAAAGAUAAUGACGACAAUGACAAACAGAGAAGUCGAAGGGCCUUAAUAAACAGAGAAGAGGAAGUGACACAAUCAACGAUCCCUCAGUCCAAGAUGACCACGAGGAUUGCCAAACAGUAUUCAGAGAAAAACAGUCGGUUAACAAAAAUCCAAAAAAUAACCCGAAAAACACGAAGUGGAAGGGUUUAUGCUUAUAGGUUGUAAAAUUUUAAAAGAAAAUUCUUUGUUAAUAAAUAUAAAGAAGUACAAA